AAGCGGCCCGAUUCUACGAAACUCGAAAUGCUCUCCAAACUUGAGAGUCAGUGCGAAUUCCAACCUCAGGUCUCAAUACUACCGCAUAUAUGAGAAACAAGCCGAAUCUGCUUAUUUUCAGAGUUAGAACGACACUUCUUACUUACUCUCUCAUGAGUCCUAGUCAGCUGUUGACCUUCCGGUUACGUUUUAAUUGGUCGCCAAGUAUAUCUUCGCAUUAACAAGAUAUAAAUACUCAAAGAUCCUUUCCCCUCAUUCUCCCAGCCAUUACUCCUUCAAAGACGUCUGCAACGAUGGCGACUCAGAAAAGCCAAUUGAACAUCGUAAUGGGCGCGAUGACCUUUGGCAAAGAAGGCACGAAUGGCGCUAGGGUCCACGAUGUAAAAGAUGUGGAGGCGAUCUUGGAUGAAUUCUUGAAGCGUGGGCACACCGAGAUCGACACGGCUCGCGUUUAUUGUGCCGGGACGAGCGAAGAGAUCCUAGGACAAAUCGAUUGGAAAGCCAAGGGGUUGAAGUUGGAGACGAAACUUGUUGCGAGGCAUCCGGAUCCAAAUGCGACACCGAAUCAGACUCCCGUGGAAGAGAUAUAUCAUACUUACGAGGAUCUAAAGAAACACCUUCUGAGGUCGUUGAAGGCUCUCAAUACCGAACAAUUAGAAAUGUGGUAUCUCCAUUCGCCCGAUCGAUUAACACCCUACGAAGUCACGAUGAAGGCCGUCAAUGAUCUUUACAAAGAGGGGUAUUUCAAGAAAUUCGCUAUCAGUAACUAUAUGGCCUGGGAGGUAGCUGAAAUCGUCGGAAUCUGCAAAGCAAACGGGUAUAUCCUUCCCUCCGCGUACCAAGGAAUAUACAACGCGGUCCAUCGUGCGGCCGAACCGGAGUUGUUCCCAUGUUUGAGGAAGUUUGGGAUUAGUUUUUACGAGUUCAAUCCUCUUGGUGGGGGUUUCUUCACAGGACGAUACACAUCGGUGGAUGAUCAGGUCGAGCCUGGGUCUCGAUUUGACCCUAACAAGGCCCAAGGAAAGAACUACCGCAACCGAUACUGGAAAGAACCCUACUUCAAAGCCGUCGCGUCCAUCCAAGCUGUUGCCGAUCAGCACAAGUUAACGAUGGCUGAAAUUGCGUUACGAUGGGUAUCUCACCAUAGUUUGAUGAAGCGCGAAUACGGGGAUACAAUUCUUAUUGGAGCGUCGAGUUUGGAACAUAUCAGACAGAAUCUGAUCGAUUUGGAAAAAGGGCCACUUCCCGAAGAAGUCGUUACAGCUCUUGAUAAAGCAUGGGAAUCAGUCAAGCCAUACGCGUCGAAAUAUCACCACUAAUUUCACAGUGGGACGAAGAGUCAAUGUAAUCAGUAUCGAAUUUGAAUGUGAAUCAUAUGUACAGUGUUCGAAACUCAUGAUUAUCAAACUGCACCGAUCUACAUCCUCGCUGACUUGUCACUUGGUCUGGAACCGACACGGUUUUGGGUGACGUUGAGAAAUCUCCAAGCCAGCCAGGCCUUGCUAUGCAUUUGACUACUUGAACCUCCCGCCUCGCUCCUAGGGAACUCAGGGAGCCGCAACUGUGAUCCAGGCCCUUCAGAAAGAAUAGAAUAUGUGAAACUAGGCGCAAAGAGCACAGUGAACACAACUGC